AUGGGCUUUUGGUAUUCCCCGCGCAGCUCACCUGUUAUUCAUGCACAGUACACAACCGAGCAGCAGCAUGCUUCCACCCUGCAGCGAGACCAACUUCGACUUGAACUUGCCGCAUCUUUUCGGCUCAAUGGCGUGGCUACGGCCAUGGUUGCCAUCACUCUUCCAAAGCAACUGCGCGAUACGGUGGUGCUGAGCUUUGCAGACGCCAAAAUUAGUGCCAUUCAGUUUGAGCCGAGUACCCGGACGCUGAUCACACAGAAGCUCAUCAACCUGGAAAUCGAGGCCGUUUAUGGCUCCAAGGUCAACGCCGACCUGCCCCCCGUCCUCCAGGCCGAUCCUCUUCAUCGCUGCAUUGGUGCCCUGGUCUACGGCUGCCGCCUUGUUAUCAUUCCAGCGCAUGCUCUCCAGCCACGGACAAAUGUGCAAUUUCGCGUGAUUGAUCUAGAGAAACUCUCAUCGCCCCUGGGUCAAGCCAAGAGCUUUUGUUUUCUGACGGGCUAUACCACGCCCACAGCGUUGCUUCUGCAUGAACCGCGCCCUGUUUGGGUUGGACGGCAUGCAGUGGGUCGAGAUAGCUGUGUCUUGUCUGCCUUGAGCUGUGAACUGGACACAACAGAUGACUUUGCACCCACCGUUUGGGCUAAAGAUAGUCUACCAUCCGACUGCUUUGCUUUGGUGCCCACCCCGCAGCCAUUAGGCGGCGCUUUGAUCGUGUCACCCAACAUGGUCUUGCAUACGAAUCAGGCAAGCAGCAGCGCUGUUGCCGUCAAUGCCAUUGCAGCCCGCGCCACUGGCUAUCCACACACCACGCAGGCGGGCUUGAGCCUGAAUCUUGACAACGCCCGUGUGACGUUCAUCACGAGCGUUGACGCCAUUUUCUCUCUUCAGUCUGGUCAACUCUAUCGCAUCGGCUUGAGGUCCGACGACGGCACACCGGCCCCAAAGCGCCCUCACAAGGCUGUUGCAUCCCGCUCUACCGAAGACUUGGAUAUCUAUGGCGCUGAUCUGCAUCAUCGUGGCCAAGGACAGCGAAACUACAUGGUCCAUGUGCUUGAUCGCUUACCCAAUCUGGCCCCAGUCUUGGCCAUCACCCCCGCUUUGCCAGCUUCCGUGUCAGUUGAAGAUGGGUUGCAUGGACGACCGCCGAUUGAUACUCUUGUUACAGCUGGGCGGGAUGAUCAUGCCAGUUUGGCGCAACUCUAUAACGGGUUUCGACCCAAGGUGCAACUGAGUACACAAGAGUUUUCCAAGACGCGCGACGUGUGGGCUUUACAUGUCCCUGUCAAGGGUAAUCGGAGUGAUGCUGCCGACAAGGGGUCCCGUCGCUCGCAUGGGGCCCUCAUUCUAUCACAGUCGUCUGGAACGGGCGUCCUGGCAAUCCGCAAUGGCCUGAAAACGUCACCGAUCAACAGACUGGUCACCAGUCGAGCUCUCUUUCUGACCCGCGGCUUUGAACGGCUGGCAGAAAUUCGCGUGCCCGGUGGGCAGAAGAUUCGUAGCGCCAGUGUGGCCGACCCGUUCGUCAUGACGCUCAUGAGUGACCACUCGGUUCACAUGUUUGUGCUCAACCCAGUCACAAAGACGUUGGACCAUAUUGAGUGCACGCCGUGCUGGCAAGGUGUGGUGAAAUCAAUCACCUUGUGCCAAGAUGUCAGUCGCAUCUUACAUCUUCACUCAGCUGCGUUGCUUGAUGAACUUAAGAAUGAGAGUGAGCAACGGCUUGAGUCUGCUUCAACGGCCACCCAAUCAAGUGCGGUUGUAGAGGCAACACCAAACUCAACAGAGGUUGAAGGGGCCACUGCUCAGCCGGCAACCCGUGGCAUGCUCGUGGCCGACGAUGAAGACGAUUUCCUGUAUGGCGAGGCUGAAGCGGAGCCAGACACAAAAACGACCAUGCCUACGCCCACGCCAACUGUCUCCAAGCCAGGCCAAAAUGUAGCACCGUCACAGACUAUGGCGGAAAGCGCAACAUACGGAAUUUUUGAUGCUGCUGAGCUCGGUCCUAGCGUUGCAACCAGCGAUGACUAUGCGGCACCAACUUACUGGGCCUUGAUCACUACUGAAAGUGGUGCACUUUAUAUUUGCACGGUCCCCGAUUUGAAGAUCGCAUUCCACUGUCCCUCCUUUGGAGACGGCCAUUCGCUCGUGUGGGAUCGCUUGCCCAACCAGGCCAUCCCUCAAGCUGGCGAUGGCGCGGAUGCGCCGGACGAGGCUAGGAACGACGACGAUGCACACGGCAGCGAGGAAUACAUAGUUGAAACUUUAUUGAUUGGGCUGGGUCAAGGGCAACGACCUCAUCUCUUAGCUCGAACGAGCGAUCAUCAUCUAUUGAUGUACGAGGUGUUUCCGGUCGUUCCCUCGGUCACGGAGGCGAGUGUGCGGCGCCUCAAGCCCUUUCAAAACAUUGCAGGAUGCGACGGCGUUUGUGUCACCGGCCCACGCCCCCUUCUAGUUGCUUGUGGGCAUCAACUCAAGGCCAUCACCAUCGUGCCGCUGGCCUUGGAGGAUGCAGUCAAGACCUUUCAUCCUCUGCACAUGGAUGAUGUUGAAAACGGCUUUAUUUACUUUACAAAAGCGGGAACGUUGUGCUGUGCCACGGCUCCAGAUGGUCUCAUGUUAAACCGUGGCGUUUUGGCACGUCGGGCGGUGCUGGGUCGUACCAUCCAAAAGAUCGCUUUUGAUCUCGACAGCCGUUUGGCGGCGCUGCUCUUGAUGGAGCCGCGGCCGGAGCUCAAGCCGUCUCGCGGCAACAACGAUCCCCCCUCCAACGAGCUUCCCAACAUUUCUUACCGGCCGGAUGAACCCAAAGCCCUGACUCCCUUUUUUCAACUGCAGCUUUUGUCGCCCAAAUCCAUGAAGCUUCUUCCAGACACUCGUAUUGAAUAUGAUUUGCAUCACCACGUGACCUCCUUUGCGGCCGUGCGCCUAUCUUCAAGCUUGAACAGCACCGGCAAACAGAAUUACAUUGCAGUCGGUGUGACAUUGCUGGAAGGUCAACGCGCCACCACAACGGGCUUUGUGGACUUUUACACUGUGGAUGUGCAUGAUGGCAAGGAAACUCGCCUCGAGAAACGAGCCAGCUGCAAGCAGCCUGGGUGUGUGUCGGCCAUGGAUUGUACCGAGGAUGGCUUUCUUGUAGCAGCCGUGGGCCAGCGCUUGGGGUCCAAGAUUUACGUAUGGAACUUUCAAGACGGGCAGGAAUUGCAACCUUUGGCGUACUUUGAAGCCGGGAUCUACACCUCAUGUAUCCGAGUCAUUAAGAAUCUGGCCAUUGUUGGAGACUACGAGUCGGGCGUCCAGUUACUGCGAUUUUCCAGGCAAAAAGGCCUGCAGCAAAUGCCGGUAUUUCGAGGCACCAAGCACCGCUUUUAUUCCUUGGUCAAAGUGGGCGCAGAUCCUCACAAAUCAAAUUGUUACUGCGCCGACUUUGUGGUUCGCGAAAGCGAUUUGGCCAUGAUCUACGGUGAUGCAGAUGGCAACCUGGUUGCGCUGGACUACGAUGCUGACAGUCCUGACACGCGUGGCGGGCGCAUUCUCGUGCGCUCUGCCAACUUUCACUUGGGCACGCGACUGAGCGCCAUGUUGCGCUUGCAAGCGGCGCCCGUGGUGCGAGCACCGGGCGGAUUGGCAGAAGCACAAAAGUGCCACGUUGUCCACACCUUUGGGAUUGAGGGCCAGCAGGGCGUGGUGAUCCCAUUGCAUGAGGCCGAGUAUCGCCGCCUGGAGAUGCUGCAGAAAAAGCUGGUGUCGCAUUCGUCACUUGCGGGCCUGCAUCCAUUUCAAUUUCGUGCCUUCAAAUCAUCCAUCUGGCGACCCCGUUCAUUUGCCCAAGGCAUUUUGGAUGGUGCUCUUCUUCGCCAAUACUUUUGCUUGGGUCGGCGUGAACAGCUGGACGUUGCAGAGCAGCUUGGUGUCUCAGCCCAACAGCUGGAGCGAGACAUGGCUCAUGCCUUGGACGCGGCCUUUUAUCUUUGAGCAGGCGCGCAGACCCCAG